GAGAGAGAGAGAGUGAGCGCGAGCUAGUGUGCAUGUGACUGUGACUGAAACAGGAGCACACACUCGCAGACCAGGAAUGGCCUAGUCUUGCUCUUCUCUCUAUGUACAACUGACUGUGAGGUACUGCAUGUGUCACUCUUAGGUUGCAGUCAACUGACCUGAGUAACAGACCGAUUAACUGUUCGAGUAACUAAGUGGGAAACUGACAGCCCAGAUGACUGCUUUGCUAAUUGAAUGCACAAACCACUAAAGAUGCAGAUUUAGCUAAACAAUCCUUUAACAUUUUUCAAGCAACAAAACCUGGAUUAUUCAAACUUUGAAUUUUUGGAAGUUAAAAAGGUGAAACAUGGAUGUGGCAGUUCCAGAAGAACCCCAAAAGAAAAUUUUCAGGGCCAGAAAAACGAUGAAACUAAGUGAUCGACAACAACUAGAAUCUCUCCACAACAUUCUGCCCUCUUCUUUUUCAUAUUCCUCUAUUGCUCCUACACCCCUGCUGAUAAACAAAAAGCCACCCAAAGAGGGACAAUUGGAAACUGGGAACAAUAAGGAGAACGAGGAAGGUGUUGCUAGUAAUGGCCAAAACGCAACAUGUGCAGCUUCCACUGUCUCCACUGAGCAUUCUACUCCGACAACACUCUCGCUGUCUCUCUCUCCAUCUCCAGUUGCUAAGGCAUCAUCUCCUCCUCCUAUGUCCCCUUCUUUGGACCCUUUCAUGAAAGAUGGUGAUAAGAAAAGGGACCCUGAGGGUGAAGGAAAAUCUGCAGUCCUGGACAGUGACAUGAUGGAGAGAGAGAAGAAAGAAGGCUGGGCAGAGGGGAAUACAAAUGCUGCUGUGUCAGAGAAAGAGGAUAUUCACUCCAAACCUGACCCCAGGUCAAUAUUAACCAGUAAGGACCAAGAUGACUCCAAAAAUGUCUCCCUUGAGAUCUCUGAGACAACAGACAAGGGGGUCAAGAAAACAGUUUUUGAGGAGAUCUAUGAUAUGGAUAGAGAGCCGCUAAAAAGUAUCGUAGACGAUGCCGCACUCACGCUGGGGAAAACGGAUACAAGCUCUCUCCCUGAGUUUCCAAUUGUCCCUUCCAACACAACUUCCUCUUCUCCAUCACUUUCUCCAUCCCAUGCCCUUGAGUCUGAUCAAGAGGUGAAAGAAGGGUUUUUAGUCUUGAGUGAUGAGGAUGAAAGUCAGGGGGAUAGGGAUGAAGAGAAAGAGAUGGAUGGAGAAAUGAUGAAUGCAGAUCGUAAGGAAAUGGAACGAAAGGACCAGGCAGUUUCUGUUUCUUCUCCCACCGAACUGUCAUCUUCUGCAAAUUCAGGCAGAAAGGAAGACUGUGACAGUGGGAUCCUGACAAAGAAGCGUGCCAUGUUAAGUGAAGGACGUUCUGAAGAGGAGGGAUGCAGGAAGAGGCCUAAGGUAGAGAAAGGGGAGCUGGAGGCCCAGCUGGAGCUGAGGAUUACUGGGGAUACUGGCAUCCGGCAGCGGCUGGAGAAGGUGGUGCAGCACCUUGUUGCAGAACAAUUGCAAGUUUUGCAGCUCACUGUCUUUGACAAGAGUCUGCAGGAGCUGCGAGAACGAGUGGACAAAAUUGACUGUGCCACCAAACACCAGCAAACUCUCAACAUGCUCCAGGCAAAGAUAGCAAGACUAACCAAAAAGUUUGUAGCUGCCAACCAGGCCAAGGAGAAUGCUGGGAAAUCAAAGGAGGUGUCCCCCAUUUCAUCUGCUACUGCCUCUGCGGCCAAACCUACCUCUAACACUGCUCUGACAUGCCGCACAAUGAAAGGAAUGCUGGAGACUCACCAAGCUGAACCACAUUGUCAGAGUUCAACUCUCAGCCCAGUUAGCUGUACAGGAAUCCCAAAUCAGCGCAAGCCUGCACCAGUUCUUACGACUCCCUCAGCUCCAGUCCCAGCCCCUGGAUCACCUUCCAGUGUUGCUCCACCCUCUUCUCUUACAAAUACAGCCAUGCCUUCCUCACAGUCAGGAACCUUAAUGCUGAAGGCUUCCUCUGCUAGUGCUGGGCUUACACCUAGUGCCCCCAUGUCAGCCUCUACACCCAUCUCCCUGCAGCCCCUGCUCAUACAGCUUCCCCUUGCUGUGUCGAACCCUCAGGUUGGACAUACCCCUGGGGUUGAGCUAAUCCCGUUUUCCUCACUCGCUGGGACUACUGCACUCAGCAAGGCUAAGACCACUGCUCCCUCUACUGCGAUCAUCUUGCAAAAAUCACUUGGGGCCACUGCCACCUCCUCUGCAUCCAUUGUACCUGCGCCACCUGCGCCUCCUGCUCCCUCGCUGCCCCAGAUCACAUUGGCUCGGGGGGGCAUGCCCUCAGGGGGCAGUGGAAUAAUCAGCGUGCCUAGCCCUGGCGUGUCUGUCUCCACUGCCCGCACACCGACACCAUGUAUUUCUGUAGUCGGUGUGACCUCCUCUUCAUCAUUACCAACUCUGACCUCCUCAGUACCUGCAGCAACAGGGAGCCAUUCAUCUGGACUAGUACUAUCAGGGCCAGUGUCAGCAGCUGUGAUGGCCUCAAAAACAGACAACCAAGCUACAAACCGUGCCACAGAGUCAACCACUGCAAGGAUGCCUGCACAGGCUUCACGCACACACAGUUCUGGCCCAGUUAUAGACCUGACUGAGGAUGACGAUGAUGUCCAAGCAGCUGCCCUCAAUUUUUCAGUUACUGGAGUAAAGAGGGUAGUCCAUUCCAACCCUUCUGUGGCAGCAUCAUCUUCAUCAUUAUCAUCAGCUGAAGCAACAGCAGCUACCCAGCGGACUUCUGGUCCUCCCCCUUUGAUCAGCAGCUGCAGUGCCCAAUCUCAGCCAGCAGUGAGAUCACCUCAGAGUCAACCUCUGUCAAAUGGACCGCAGGUCACUGUACACCAUCGCCCCCAGCAGGAGUCUCAGUUGAAAAGGACCCCUAAUGCUCCUACAUCUAGCACACAGCAGUCCCUCAUCCCUCCCUUACCACCACCUCCCACACCUCCUGCUCGUUUGCCCCCUGAGGCAGCACACUCAUCCCCCCCACAGCAGCCCCAGCUCAAGUUGGCACGUGUGGAGAGCCAAAACGGCAUUGUGCUGUCAUGGAGUGUAGCGGAGCUUGACCAUACUUGUGCGGCUGUGGACAGCUAUCACCUAUAUGCCUACCAUCAGGAUCAUUCAGCCAGUGCCUCAUCACCUGGAUCGCAGUGGAAGAAGAUUGGCGAGGUGAAAGCCCUGGCUCUGCCCAUGGCCUGCACUCUUACACAGUUUGUUUCUGGCUCAAAGUACUACUUUGCUGUCCAUGCACGUGAUGUCUAUGGCCGCUUUGGACCCUUCUGUGAGCCACAGUGCACUGAUGUAAUUCCUCUUUCCUCCAGCAGCUGAGGUACAAAAGAAAAGCACUAUUUGUAAAUAGAAGGACCUUCAUAAGGCACAACAGCCUGGAACACCAUCUUUCUUGCAUAUUAAGUUUGGAAAGACUUGAAAACAAAUCUUAGUCUGGACUUGUAAGUCUUUUGGGACAGGCAAAAGGUCAUCAUUGGAGGUGUUUUGUCGAAAGAGUAACCUUGUGGACCAGUCAUUUAAGCAAGCCCUGUUGCUUGGGUUUCUAUAUAUAUUUUUCUAUUCAUAAAAAAUAAUUCUACCUGAACAAAGUUAAUG